GAAAAAUUGAUAUGUUUGUGGCUGGAGCUGGCACAGGUGGUACUAUCACUGGUGUUGCCAGAAAGUUGAAGGAGAAAUGCCCUGCAUGCAAAAUUGUUGGAGUAGAUCCUGAUGGUUCCAUUGUUGCUUUGCCCAGCUCAUUAAAUGUAGUCUCAGCCAAGGAUACAACAAUGGAAGUGGAAGGGAUUGGUCAUGACUUUAUCCCAACUGUCCUUGAUAGAUCCGUAAUAGACCAAUGGUGCAAAAGCAAUGAUAAAGAAUCCUUCCUUAUGGCUCGUAGAUUAAUUAGAGAGGAGGGCUUGCUUUGUGGAGGCAGUGCAGGCAGUGCAAUGUCUGCAGCUGUGAAAGCUGCCAAGCAACUAAAAGAAGGUCAGCGUUGUGUUGUCCUCUUACCUGACUCUGUGAGGAACUACAUGUCUAAGUUUUUGAAUGACAAAUGGAUGGCCCAGAAUGGAUUUCUGAAAGAUGUUCAGGAACAUUAUCCUUGGUGGUGGAAUAUUAAAGUCCAGAAGCUGAAUCUUUCUGCUCCUCUGAUUCUUCUCUCCGAUGUGAGCUGUCAAAAAGCAGUUGAAAUCCUACAAGAAAAGUCAUGCAGUCAAGCACCAGUCGUGGCAGAAACAGGCGUCAUCUUGGGAAUUGUAACUAUUACCAACAUCCUCUCCUCGAUCCUGGCAGGAGAUGCACAGUUCUUAGACCCAGUCAUAAAAGUCACUUAUCAACAAUUUUCAAAGAUUAAUCUGGAUGACACCCUGGGAAAGCUUUCACAUGUCCUGGAAAAUGAACAAUUUGCUGUUAUAGUGCAUGAAGUGGAGCAAUCCCGUGACUUGGAGAUGAGGGAAGAAAUUGAGCCUUCCAUUCAAAUCCUUUUGUGUCUCUUGGUGCACAAAAAGAGCAGUUUUUCUCAACUGGCGUUUCACAGACCCCCUCGGUUUGUGAAAGAUCAUGACUGA